CUGCUUUGCAAUUGCCGAUAUGCUGGCAUCUCCUACUCGUGGAGCUGCCAUGCGUGUGAGACUAUUUUCCACCUGCAGGGUUCUCCAACAUGAUAAUCCUCUGGGACUUCCGCGCUCUGGAACCCCUCCAUCCUUUCGUUCUCGUCGCAAUCUCCCCGAAAAGCGGAAGAUUCGAGAUGUCAAGAAAGUUGUUGCAGUCUCGUCAGCAAAAGGUGGUGUGGGAAAGUCAACAAUAGCAGUAAACCUCGCGCUCUCCUUCGCGCGCCGGGGCAUUAAGACAGGUAUUCUGGACACUGAUAUCUUUGGCCCAUCUAUUCCAACUCUUCUCAAUCUCUCUGGCGAACCUCGCCUCGAUGAAAAUAACUGCCUCGUCCCAUUAACAAACUACGGCCUCAAAUCCAUGUCAAUGGGCUAUCUCCUCCCACAAACACAAGCCGACAGCACAACAGGCGAACUACCAAUGGAUACAACACCAAUCUCAUGGCGCGGACUCAUGGUCACAAAAGCAAUGCACCAACUCCUCCACUCCGUCUCCUGGGGACCCCUCGACGUCCUAAUCCUUGACCUCCCCCCAGGAACUGGCGAUGUCCAGCUCACAAUCAACCAAGAAGUCAUAAUCGACGGCUCAGUCAUCGUAACAACACCGCAAGAUAUCGCACUCCGCGAUGCAGUCCGCGGCAUCGGCAUGUUCCAGCGUAUGGACGUACCAGUCCUCGGAAUGGUUCGAAACAUGGCUUUUUUCGCUUGCCCGCAGUGUGGACAUCAGAGCCGCAUUUUCUCGCAUGGCGAUAGUCCGCACGUGCACGAUGAGUCGCAUGGAGUAGUCGCGGAGUGCAAGAGACUUGGGGUGGACUUCCUUGGUGACAUCCCCCUUGAUGCUCGGGUCUGCGAGGACGCUGAUCGGGGUAUGCCCACUGUUGUUGCGGAGGAGAGUGUUGAGCGUAGUGCUAGGCGUCAGGCUUUCCUUGAUGUUGCGGAGCAGGUUGCGAAGAAGAUUGGUCUUGAUUGGCGUUGAAAGGGACUCUGCUUAAUUGUGUAAACAUAUCAUCGUUGUAUAUUAUUAUAAGACUUGCAUCAUCCAGUGGCUGGUUCUUGGCUACGGUUGUUUUUGAGAUUGGAAUUUGAGCUCCCCUCCCAUGAAUGUUAUUUACGAGUUUGAUUUACUGCAUAAGCCUUUCGAUAAAUGCUAAAUCGGGU